AUGAGGAGACAGCUGCUGCCUCGGAGGGUGGUGUUUAUUGGGGGGGCUCGAACGCCCAUUGGCGGUUUCCUGGGAUCCUUGAGAGCCACGCCUCCCAGCAAACUCGCCGCUGCAGCAGCAGCUUCUGCCAUUAAACGCUCUGGGCUUUCCCCUGCAGAAAUUCAACAAUGUGUAGUAGGCCAGGUGCUCGCUGCGGGGCAAGGAAGAGCCUCCCACAGGCUGGCGAUGAGUCUUGCGGGUCUUCCUCCCACGGCCUCCGUCUUCGCCGUGAACAGCGGCUGCGCCUCUGGCCUCAAGGCUAUUUCUUUGGCCGCUUCUUCGGUGGCUCUGGGCGAGUUCCCUCUGUCGCUGGCUGUGGGUGUGGAGUCUGUGAGCUGUGCGCCGCACCUUUUGCUGAAAGCAAGAGAAGGCGGCUACGGGCUGGGGGACGGAGCUCUCGUGGACUCAGUCGUUUUUGACGCUCUCAACGGCCCCAAUUUUCAACUAAUACCCGGCGAAGAAGCAGAAGCCGCCGCUGUGGCCCACGGCAUUUCGCGGGCUGACUGCGACGAAUACGCAGUAAGGAGUUUCAAGCGGGCGGCCGACGCUGCCAGCAAAGGCUUUUUCGGGCUGGAGGGGCUGGAGCCGCUGGCUGCUGCUGCUGCGGGUGGUGCUGCAGCGCCCGCUGCCCACGGCAUGGGCUCUUCAAUAUUCGACCCUCAAGAGCAGCAGCAGCUGCUGCAGCGCCGCGCUUCUGCGCACUCCAGCGGCCGCCAGCAGCUGCUGCAGCAGCGGCAGCGGCAGCAGCAGCAGCAGACGCGGGAGCUGCUGCAGCACGACGAAGAAGUGAGGCGAAUCUCUCUGGACCGCGUGGCCUCAGCCCGCCCCGUCUUCCGCAGCGACGGAGUCUUGACUGCAGCAAACUCUUGCAAGUUGGGCGACGGGGCAGCAGCUUUGGUGUUGGGCGAAGAAGGAGAAGCAAGAAAAAGAGGCCUGAGGCCUCUAGCCCGAGUCUUGUCUUUUGCUGACGCGGGAGGAGGAGAAGAUGGGGCCCCUUUCACAUUACCUUCUGAAGUUGCAAUCCUUAGAGCUCUCCGUCUGGCAGGACUGGAACGGGCAAGAGAGUUUUUGCUGCCUCUUGCUGCUGCUGCUGCUGCUGCUGCUGCACUCGUCUUGCUGCCUGCUGCAGAAUGCUGUGGCUCUUCCGACUAUUGA